AUGUUGAGAUUGACUUCCGCCAGAUCCAUUGUUUCCCCAUUGCGUAAGGGUGCUUUUGGUUCCAUCAGAACCUUAGCUACCUCUGUGCCAGAAACCCAAAAGGGUGUUAUUUUCUAUGAGAAUGGUGGUAAAUUGGAAUACAAGGACAUUCCAGUUCCAAAGCCAAAGCCAAAUGAAAUCUUGAUCAACGUCAAGUACUCCGGUGUGUGUCAUACCGAUUUGCACGCAUGGAAGGGUGACUGGCCAUUGCCAACCAAGUUGCCAUUGGUCGGUGGUCACGAAGGUGCUGGUGUCGUUGUUGCUAUGGGUGAAAACGUCAAGGGCUGGAACAUUGGUGACUUUGCGGGUAUCAAAUGGUUGAACGGUUCUUGUAUGUCCUGUGAAUACUGUGAAUUGUCCAAUGAAUCCAACUGUCCAGAUGCUGACUUGUCUGGUUACACCCACGAUGGUUCUUUCCAACAAUACGCUACCGCAGAUGCUGUUCAAGCUGCCAGAAUUCCAAAGGGUACCGAUUUGGCUGAAGUUGCUCCAAUUCUAUGUGCCGGUGUUACUGUUUACAAGGCUUUGAAAAGUGCUAACUUGAAGGCUGGUGACUGGGUUGCCAUCUCUGGUGCUGCUGGUGGUCUAGGUUCUCUAGCUGUCCAAUACGCCAAGGCCAUGGGUUACAGAGUCGUUGGUAUCGACGGUGGUGAAGAAAAGGGUAAGUUGGUCAAGCAAUUGGGUGGUGAAGCCUUUGUUGAUUUCACCAAAACCAAGGACAUGGUUGCUGAAAUCCAAGAAAUCACCAACGGUGGUCCACACGGUGUCAUUAACGUCUCUGUUUCUGAAGCUGCCAUGAACGCUUCCACUCAAUUCGUCAGACCAACUGGUACUGUCGUAUUGGUCGGUUUGCCAGCUGGUGCCGUCAUCAAGUCCGAAGUCUUCUCCCACGUCGUUAAGUCUAUUAACAUCAAGGGUUCUUACGUCGGUAACAGAGCUGACACCAGAGAAGCUAUCAACUUCUUCGCUAACGGUCACGUCCACUCUCCAAUCAAGGUUGUUGGUUUGUCCGAACUACCAAAGGUUUACGAAUUGAUGGAACAAGGUAAGAUUUUGGGUAGAUACGUUGUUGACACCUCCAACUAG